AUGUUGAAGCAGUUUCAUAUCAACAUCCCACUUGUAGAGGCACUUGAGCAAAUGCCUAACUAUGUAAAAUUCAUGAAAGAUGUUCUUACAAGGAAGAGAAGGUUAGGAGAGUUUGAAACCGUGACUCUAACCAAAGAGUGUAGUUCAUUUUUGCAAGACAAGUUGCCACCAAAGUUGAAGGAUCCUGGGAGUUUCACUAUUCCUUGUACUAUUGGAGAUACUUAUUGUGGGAUGGCUUUAUGCGAUCUGGGUGCAAGCAUUAACUUGAUGCCAAUGUCUAUUUUCAAGCAAUUGGGGAUUGGAGAAGUUAGGCCUACUACAGUUACUCUUCAACUAGCAGAUAGAUCUCUUGCUCAUCCGGAUGGGAAGAUUGAAGAUGUAUUGGUGAGGGUAGACAAAUUCAUAUUCCCUGCUGAUUUUAUUAUGCUAGACUAUGAGGCAGAUAGAGAGGUGCCCAUUAUCUUGGGGAGGCCAUUUCUUGCGAUAGGAAGAACUUUAAUAGAUGUGUAG